GGCACAGCUGUGCCCUAAGCAUGUCAAGACUCGGGAGGCGUCUGCCCGCGUAUUUUUCGGAUCUCCCCACCCCCCAAUCUACCACAACCCCUUCAUAUCAAACCUGAUAUUGUCCGAGUUUACGAAGCAUUUGUUGGCAUUGUAAGCCACGGCAUCAGUAAGAUUAGAAACUCCAAGCUGUUCCAGGAAAGCUGGAGGACCUCGGGCAAUUUCUCGAAGCGGUACAAGAUACGAGGAAGCCUCGCACAAUAUCCCAACGUGGUCUCUGGGAGGUCUGCGAUAUUGCAAGGGGAGCGGUUAAUCGGGACAAAACAGCUAUUUUUCCGCCCCCAAAACCCCAUUAUGCGGGUCCACGAUACUUCUUGCAGCUGUACCCCUCAGAGAAUGCAAAAGUUGGAGCUUUGGGAUAGUUCGUUGGAGACUAGCGCCCAACCACGAUUGGCUGCCCAGUGAUGCAGGCCAUUCUUCCGGAGUCUCCGAAGAAUAAUUUGAGAUUAAACUUCGAGAUAGUGUCCAGAGUCGCAAUUUACGUUUCGCCAUGGCCCAUGAGCGUUGUUCCGGGACGCCGACUGAGUUUGUCUCGCACAAAGGUUCUGCCCAAUGCGAUAUAUGUGCCUUUGACCUACCCUCGCAUGCUCGAUCCACGUUGCCCUUCUUGACACCACAGCCAGGGCCAUCGGUUCGAUGGUGAAUAGUUUUGCAAACGAGCCUCCCCCUUUACGGUCGGACGAUAGCCCUCGCAGCCCCAUUUAUCGCAGAUCAUGGGCGACAACAUUCAAACAGAGGCUCUGGCAAUCAUCCUCUUGUUUCCCAUUCUCAGCACAGUUGUAAUCAUAUUGAGGUGCUACUCUCGGUUUCUCAUUCGACAAUUUGGCUGGGAUGACAUUUUGAUCGUGAUCGCCUGGCUACUGGCCGUCGGACAGGCAUACACAGUGUGGAUAUACACCAAACUGUCCUAUCAAGGAUACCACAGCUGGGACAUACCCGAGCAAACCAUUGACGAACAAAUCCUAGCCCAGCGAUACAACCUCGCCAACCAACUACUCUAUAACCCCAUCCUGGCCAUCGUCAAGGCAUCCAUCAUCGUCUUCAUCUACCGACUCGAAGACCGCCGACCGGUCGUCCGCUGGAAUCUCCACAUCCUGUUCGCCGUGAAUCUGGGGCUCAUGAUCGCCAUCUUCCUAGCCGAUCUCUUCCAAUGCACUCCGCUCCACUACGUCUACGACUACCCACGGAUGGACUUGGUCGCACAAGAGGCUGCUGGAGCGGACGAGAAUGGGAUGGCCGAUGGAAAGGUGGUCAAGGGAGGGAGGUGCAUCCACCAAGUCAACUUCUUCCUCAUCUCGGCGGGCAUGACCAUCCUGACGGAUAUCUGGCUACUGUGCAUUCCGACUAUGGUCGUCUGGCACUUGCACAUGAACCGCCGGAAGAAGAUUGCCAUUGCCGGUGUACUCAGUAUGGGCGUCAUCGUCACUGUAAUCGGCAUUGCUCGGCUCGUCAUCUACAACGACCGCUUCAAACCGAACAAAACCGACCGCACUUACAACAUCGGGCACACGAUAUCGAGCGUCGAGGUCAAUGUCGCGAUUAUUACCGCGUCAGCGACCGCACUCACCGCACUAAUCAACCGCAUCGCGCCGCGCCUGUUCCCCAGCAGCAACAGUACCUCGCAGGGCCAGCGCCGGAUGAACACCUGGACGGCGUCAUCUGGCACGAGAAAUACAACGCGGCGCGGUCGGUCGCGGACGUCGUACGUGAUGAUGGGGAAUAUGAAUAAUAAGGGCCCGGCGCAUGUUAGCCAGGAGCAUAUCAUGGUGCCCGAGGACCGAUCCAGUCGGUCGCGUACGGAGGUGGAGAGUCAGACUAGCACAUGAUACCCUGUUUUUCUUGUUUGAUGUAUGUGAUACGAGUCCAAUCUAAAAAGUCUCUAAUUCACAGCGGUAUCCGGGCGUAAUUUUGUAUCCAAUGCCUCACAGCCAG